CCUUUGGCCCUGACAGGAACCGCGGCAACGCUGCAAGGAUGCUGUCUCCGCGCGCCCAGCUGUGGCUCAAGCUGGGACGAACGUGCAACCUCUGCCUCGGCUGUCUGGGAAUGGGUCUCAUCAUGGCCCUGACUGGAGUGGCACUGUUGGACCUGGUCGAGAUCUAUGGUUCUGACAUAUCGAGCGUGUCACACCUCAUCACCACACGCUGCGUCGGCGGCCUGCUGGGCUCCCUGCUAGGGGGCAAGCUGUACGACACGUACAACGUGCAAACCAUGUCUAUCCUGACGAUGGUGAUCGCCUGCGUGACGGUGCUCAUGAUUCCACUCAGCGGAAGCCUGCCUCUGGCGCACGUGAUGGUCUUCUUCGGUGGGAUCAGCUCCGGUGCCUUCGACACUGGCGCGAACGUGUGGAUCAUCAAGCUGUGGCCGCAGAACAGCAGCCCGGCGUUGCAAGUCUUCCACUUGGCCUUCGGCGUCGGCUGCCUAGUGGCACCGCUCAUCGCCGAGCCUUUCCUGUCCGCUGGUCACAAUAAUACCACCUCGUUGUUCAACCUAACGGAUCCAUACGACUAUUCCGCGUCGGAGAUGGACGAGAGCCGCAUUUACUACGCGUUCGGCAUAGCCAGUGCAUUCCAUCUUGUCCUAGUAGUUGCCAUGGUAGUGCUAUACUUGGUCGACAACGCGGACGUCAAGCAGGAAAAUGCCACCGUCGUCUGCAGGAAGGAGUCCUCCGGGGACGUGCGCUUUGGCCGAAUCCUGCUCGCCCUGCUGAGCGCGUACGUGUGCGUCUACGUGGCGCUGGAGUGCACGACGUCCCAGAUGCUCACCGCAUUUGCCGUCAAGAGCGAGCUGCACUUGACCAAGUCUGCGGCGUCUCGGGUGGCGGCCGUCUACUUCUUUUGCUUCGCGGCGAGCCGCCUAGCCGCCGCGUUGGUCACCCUCAAGAUGUCGCCCUUUCAGAUGCUUUUGCUCUCCCACGUCAUCCUAGUCGUCACGGCCGCAGUGUUCGUGGUGUGGGGCUCCGUCAACGGCGCCGUGCUUUGGGCCUGCAGUGCGCUCAUGGGCAUCGGACAAGCCCCAGUGUACGCGGCCGUGGUCGCAUGGACCGUCGCCUACGUCAAUAUCAGCAACAAGAUGAUGUCUAUCGUUAUAGUCACAGCUGGUAUCGGCGCACUAUCGCCGCCUCUUCUAGUCGGUCAAUUUUUAGACCACAGUCCAAACUUGUUCCUUUACGUGUGUUUUCUGGCAGUCUUGCUGUGCGUAGCUUUUUUUGUUGGCACGUACUUUUACGUUCGAAAGCGGCCGCUUCUGAACGCCGAUCGAAACGAGUGCGUUAGUGGAACUUGCGAGAAACACAUUGAGAUGCGCUAGCACGUCAAUAAAUUCAAGAUGGCUUCUUUUUUCCUGUUAU